AUGUCUUCACCCCUCCCUUACAACCGGCAGAACGCCCUAGCCUCAACCAUCGCGAGCGACCUAGCCUCGAAAAUAGCAGGCAAGAUUGUGCUAACAACAGGUGUUACGCAAGGCGGCCUCGGAGCAACCUUUGUCGAAGAAAUCGCAAAGCACAAGCCCGCCAUACUCAUCCUCGCGGGCCGCUCAGCCCCCAAGGUCCAGGCCACCGCCGAUAAAAUUGCAUCUCACCCCUCCAGCGCCUCGGUACCAACCCGCAUCCUAAUCCUCAAUCUCUCCUCGCAAGCCCAAAUCCGCACCGCCGCACAACAAGUCCUCGCCUACCCUGAGUCGCGCAUCGACGUUCUCGUAAACUCUGCUGGUAUAAUGGGCGGGCCCUACUCCACUACUUCGGAAGGCCUCGAAUCCCAAUUCGGCAGCAACCACAUUGGACACUUCCUUUUUACAAACCUCAUCAUGCCUUUGCUCCUCUCCUCGCCCAACCCGCGGAUCGUAAAUGUAUCCAGCGACGGCCAUCGAUACAGCGGGAUACGCUUCACCGACCCGGGGUUCAAGAAUGGAGAGGUGUACAACCAGUGGGAAGCAUAUGGGCAGAGUAAGACUGCGAAUAUACUGUUUUCUAAGGGGUUGGCGGCGAGGCUUGGGGAAAGGGGUGUGAGGGCGUACAGUUUGCACCCUGGAGUGAACGUGGGGACGAGUCUUGCGCCGCAGGGGUUCGGGGAGGAAGAUAUGAAAAGUCUGAAGGCCAAGGACGAGGCAAUUGGAUGGACGCAGGAGCUUGACUUUAAGACGCUGGACGAAUGCACCGCUACGCAUGUUGUUGCUGCGUUUGAUCAUCGGUUGGAUGCGUAUAAUGGCGCGUAUCUCCAGGACGGAAAUCUGGGGAAAGUGCAGCCGAUUGCUGCCAAUCUGGAGGACGUGGAGAAGUUGUGGAAAUUGAGCGAGGAGCUUGUCGGGGAGACGUUUGCAUACUGA